AGAUUAUAUAUAUAUAUAUAUAAAUAAAUUAAUAGUGUUUUUAGUAACGACUAUUUUUAGUCUUUAAAAUAGACGUGAAUAACAUGUUAUUAUGUAGAAUAUUUUAAAGGACAGAUCGACAGCAAUAUUAUAAUAUUUAUUCGGCUAUAACACCUGUAACCAACGUAUUGAUCCCAAGUCUGGAUACAGAGUUCGGAAAGUAACAAUGGGACUAGCAAAUUUAUUAGGUACRAAGGUUUACAACAAAGAAACGGUCGUCACUUCGUCAGUUGACAAGACAAAUAGCAAUCAUUAGGGGAAUAAGAAAAUAUGCGAUUGAUUGUUGUUUCGCGUAGCGAAUGAAACUAUGGUAGACGGUAGUGAAGGCGACURAUAACCAUUUUAUUUAAUGUCGUGUUUGUUACAUUCAUAACAAAAAACCACACAAGGAAAAACAUUUCUGUACUUUUUUUUUUCUAGUCACACGAAACACACAAUGUACAACUACACUCUUUUGGUGGAAUUGUACAAAAAAGAGAAACAAUUUCAGAAAGUUUACACUACAUUUCGACCUAAUUUGAAAGCAUCACCUGUAACGGGAAAAUUUUAUGCUCGCCACGAAGCAAAUGUCAAUCAAGGUGAACCAAACAAUCACUACAUAGAACUUUUGGCACAAGCUAAAUCCCUAGGACCAAAGAACAAAUUUYCUUCUCCAAAAACUGAAAGUCAAAGAUAUGGGUGGUACGAUAAAUCCUUCAUUCCACGAAAUGAAGAUAUUUUGAUGUUUCCUCACGUAGAAGCCCCCGAAAUAAAACUAGACAUUAUACUAAAGCAAAAUUAUAAAAAUGAAGUACCAUUUAGUGGAAUACCUUUUAAAUUAUAAAAUA